AAUACGAUCGUAGACAUAUUAUUGGCACGGUUUGCAGCGGUUAUCAUCGAAUUACGUCCGAGGGGACUAAUCGGUGAUAAAGCCUGUAAACGCGCUCGUGAGUCUGUUAUUAAAUACGAUGGGUGAUGCGAGGGUAAAGCAGCAGCCCUUUUUCGGGAAUCAAACCCACCAUCACCAUCAUCAUCAGACUCACGAAUCGCCCUCCGGUACAACAUCGAAAGCAAACGGCACCGUAACCAUGGGAACGGUGGUUAUGGAUCCAAAGCAUGCCACAGGUGGGCUGUUACCGGCAAGUCCCCAACAGCAACCGAGCAAGGAUACAAUGAGCGGUAACAACGGUACACCUGUUGCGGGAAAAGACAAGAGCCCUGCUAGUCUGAAGUACGAACAGCUGAAACUUCGCAAGCAAGAGUUAGAAAAGCGCCUCAAUGAAAAAUAUAGCCAACUGCAGCAAAUAAAGCGCGAAGAAGCGCAACUCAUUGGGAUGUAUCCGAGUGAUUUUAGCUGCGGCAUCGGUCCGUCCAGUUCGUCGGAUGGGGUUAAUGGAACGUCCGGAACGGGUAACGGCGGUGCUGGAACGGGCAACGGAACUGCGCCAACGUUGCGACGCAAAAUCGGUACCAGCUUUAAGCUACCGGAAAAUCUUCUAAACAACAAAGAAGAUGACAUUAACAAGCUACUGCUUGAGAAACAAAUACAGCAGCAAAUAUCCGAAGCAUCGCUGCGGCUGGCAAAUGAUACCGGGCAACCCAAAUCCGUUCGCCGAACGCAUAAACAAAAUUACGAAAUGGCUCAGCAGAAGCUGCUAGCGAUCAACCAGAACUUAAGCGUACUGAAGAAACGUCAACAGCAGAAAGAGCAGCAGCAACAACAACAACUGAAGGACCAGCAGGCGCAGCAAGCCAAUGAUCAUCGGCCCACCUCACGGGAUGAUAUUGAUCUGCACAAAACGGCUCAGGUGAAUCGGUUCCGAUCGAACAGCAAUAGCAGCAGCAUGUUGAUGCACCUUUCCGAACGGCGAAAUUCGGUCAAAUCCAAUACCUCUUCCAAUGCGUCCGGUAGCAUUACGGGGCAUCAUAUGAUGCAGCAACAUCAGCAUCACCAACAAAUGCUGCAGGUACAAAUACCAGGCAGUCAUUAUCACCUUUCGCAACAACAGCAGCACCAGCAACAGCACCAGAGUCAACAGAUAUCGCCGUACUCGAUUCACAGCGGUAUUAUACCGUCUGGUUCGCAGAGCAUGACCUCAGCCGCCUCGGCGGCAAUGAUAUCCCAACUCAGCAUGCUACGACACCGUGCCCGAACGGAUAGCUUUCCGGGUAUAGCGACAAAUUACGAUUCCGCCUCGGCUGGUUCCGGCACGACGGAACAAAGCCUUAAAAUGUCGCCGCUCAGCGGAAGCGGUAGUAUUGCGAGUGGAGGCAGCAACAUGCAGCAAGCAGUACCGUCCACCCACGGCCAUCAUCAUCUACAUCCGCAUCACCAUCAUCAUCAUCAGAUCGGUCCGGGACCGGCGAGAAUGAACAGACUGAUACAGCAACAAAUGGGGAUGAGUUAUAGUCCGCCGGCUCCUGGUGGCGCCAGCACCACUACCACUCCUGGAUACAUUCUCUCCCCUACGUUGGUUGGCGUAUCGCCAGGUGGAAACGGAACCGGCCAAGCAUUCGUUUACGAUGCGAAAGUGAUCUCAAGGCUGCAAGGUGGUGGCGCAGGUGUUAACAACAAUCCUCGCUCACCGCAAGCAAUAUCCGCUUCUUACGGUCACAUUAUAAAUGAUCAGAACUAUUGCCCCAAUACGAUGGCUGCUGCGGGACAAAGCGCAACAUCUACAGGUGGAGCUACCGGUUAUGAGUAUACGACGCACGAUACAGCCGCGUCAUCUGUCCCGGCCGGUCUUGGGGGAUAUUGGAUGACGUUAGAGAAUGGUGAAAAAAUAUGGUGUUCCGUCGAUAGUCGUCAGUUUUCGAGUCUUGACCGUAAACAACAAAGUACCGGUGGUGGCGGCAGCAUGAAGCUGUCGCGUACGAGCACCAAGCUGAGCGGAGGUGGCCCCAAAUCCUCCGGCCAGUUCGGUGCAGUUACACCGGCUGUGAAAUCUUCCUCCCUGGGUAACUUCCAGGAGUACAUCGGGAAAUCGUCAUCGCUGGAUGACAACGACAUGAUGUCUGUGCAGCCGGAUGCCAUCUCGGUCACGUCCGGGUCGAGCGAGCAUAAAAAGCGCGAGAAAGUAUGGCGCGAAACAUCACUUGACAGUCCAGUGGUAAAACAUAAGGCACUGCCUCCGGUUCCACCUUCACUGUCCGGCCAAGGUCAAAUGUCACCAUCGUCAAUCGGUAACGGACAGUUGAUGGGUUCAUCGCAUGGGGGAAUGGUACCACAGUCGCCUCCGUAUAUCCCACCGAUGAGCAGCAAUUCUUCCACCGCUCCAUUGCACAUUAACACGAACGUUUCUGGAUACGGUGGGCCAUGCUCGCCUUUGCUACUUUCGCCACAACAGAUGCUAUACUAUCAGCAACGUCAGCAACAGCUGCUGGAACAACAACGGCAAAGGAUGAAACAGCAACAGGUGCAACAGCAACAACAAUUUCACACCGCUUCAAAGCAACAGGAAUCCGUGUCGCCUCGGUCACCGAUGGCUUCGAUAGGUGGUGGAAUUCACACAGCUGGAACGGCCGGAGAUCAUUACAAUACCUAUUCGUAUCAAUCGCAACCAGAACCUCUAAUUAUGCCACCCUAUCAGUCGCGACAUCAACAUCCACCACCUCCUCCAUUGCCACCACCGAACCAACACCAUUAUCAUCAUUCGCAGCAACUGCAGAAUCGUUUAGAGCAUCCACCCUCGACGCCGGCCCAACCACAGCAUCUGGAUCUCUUGCCACCCAUUUCCGCCCAUCAUUCGCCCUCCCUCGGUCAUCAUCGUGCAACGAGUGCUCAGCAUCAGGCCGAUUCCGGCUAUUAUCCCCAUGCGGGACAUCUCUCCAGCACGCUCUCCUCCCGCCAUCCGGAUCUGGUCAUUUCACCCACACUGUCGCAAGCAUCCUCCCACACGCUUACCUCCGUUGUGCAGGCGUUACCGGUCAUUGGUGGUUUAGAAGAAAACGGACUUUCUGGUCCAUCCUCACCAACUCCUUCAUCCGGUAAGGUACAGGGAACAGCAGCCGCGCCACCAUCCGACAUACAGAUGGAAUCACCGAAAAACAUGACCGUUGUGCAGCAGGGAAAGAUUAUGCCCUACAAGGAAGUGACGAAACCGUUUGAGAUGUCCGAUUUCUACAAAUAUUCCACCAAAUACCGGCAAAAGCAGCAGCAACAGCAGCAGCAGAACCAAGUGCAACAGUUGUCCCCAUCGGAGGUGGGUAGCCCGAUAGGGAACGAUGGUGAUCCGGCAGGUGGUGGUGACGGCAUACAUAAAGGCAUCUACCAGCCACCAAAUCGGUCGAUCUGUCAACCGCUCGUUAACCACUACAACUGAACCCACGAGUGUGAAAAAAGUGCGAAAACAGAGAGGCAUGCACAAUACGGCAAUUGUAAAGAUUUCAAAGUUGACCCUGAAAACAUAUUUAUUACGAUAAGCGUUUAAUGGGGCGUUUCGUCCCGAAAUCAGUAACUAUAGGGUGCUGGCAAGAAUGUAACUAAGACUAUUUGUACCUGUUGCGUGCGUGUCUUUGUGGACACGAUGGGCAGUAAAGACGGGGUUGUAAACAAGGCUUGUCCAUGAUUUGUUUGCAGAUUGUGGCCCAACCCAAUGUGUGCGGUUGGAUUUUUAUGUUUGCCGUUUUGUGCUACACAUUCAUUCUGUGUCGUUAUCGCAGCGGCUCUGUUUGUCGAUAACAACGGUUUUCUCUCUACCCCUUUCCUGGCAGAUAGGGUUCUGAACUGACUUCUGUAUCAGACGCAAGCUCCGGGCACAGGUCUUUUUUUCCAUUUCUUUACUUUCUGCGUUUUGGGUGUUUGUUGUACAUUGUACAAAUGUGGAAAUUGGGUGCAAUUCUUCUCCUCAUUUCUUGUACUCUGUACAAGACUGUUUAGGACGAUGAAUAAGAAUGAUUAAAUAACCGUUCGUUCAAAACGAUCUGUAAAAUCAUAGUAUUUGGUUAGAUUAAUGUUGUACGACCGUAAACACCGACUCUAUCUUCUUAAAACGCCUUCUAUGUUCUAACAAUGUUGAUUUUAAGUAAAUUUCCAACUCUGCAAACAUUGGCCACUUUAAACAUUAUGCAGUACUAUAAUAUUCAUAGAUCUUAUUUGUAAUAACGAUGUUACGAUACUCCAGCUGGUAUCUGAACAGGAGGGGGAACUAGCUGAGACGAAACGGUUUGAUGUGUUGUCGAAUGUGCUUUUAAUGGCCACAAUGUGGCGUCCGAUACGCAAGCAUUCUUGUUUCCCGGUGUUGUUUUGCGAACGGAGGAAUAGUUAAUGUAGAUCGAUUCCGUAUCAGCGACGCUAGUGAGGCGAUAAGUGAAACUAGAGAUUGUUUACGUGAGAUUGUUUACAUGUGAGCAGAGGCAAUCUAUUACUGCAACAUACCAAAAGGCAAAACGUGGCGUACGCAUAUCUGGACGAUAUAUGUGUCAUGCCUCCAAGAUAUAUUUAACCAAUAUUUUCGCUAAAGACUGAAAUAGAAGGAACAUCAAACCCCCCUCUCAUUGCGCCGAAGCUUAUGUCUUCCGUUUCCUACAUACAAGACUUACUACCGCAUUUCGGAUGUGUUUUUUUCUCCAGUCAGCCGGACUAAUGAUACAACGAUAAUAAGUAAUGAAAUUCAGCAAAAGACUUGCAGCAUUUGACAUAGAGAAUAGCAGGCGCAAGAGUUAGAUAUUUGAUAAAUAGAAACCCACUGGGGACGGACUAAGGUUAGAUGAAACAAGCGUGUGUGUGGCCUUAUGAUCCAGAGCUCUUAUUUUUCUCACCCGACAGCACAGUUGCACCUUACUAGAGGCAAGGGGCAAACUCGGUUAUUUAAUCAGGAACAUUGUACUUUUCAUGAUAUAUGUAGCUAACUGUACUACUCAUUACUGUUCUUACUCUUUACUCUGAUAGGAGAUAGUUAAUUAGUUGGUAAGCGUUUCGUUAACAGUUAGCUGCAACACACGUUUGACUAUUGCGGGAUACGCUUGUUCAAAUCUUCCAUAAGUUAGUAAAAUCAACGCUAGAAAGGGAUCGUUUAACUCAUGCUCAUAUCCGUAACGUUCGGAAGGUCAUUUGCACCCCGGAUAUCGAUCCCCUAUUAUUCGGUUAAAAUUGAAGAAUUUGUAAUACAGAUAGCAAUGCAGCGAAAGUAAGCCAUAGCGGGUUUGCUAUUAUACGAUGCAUUAGGUAAUGUAAUAGAAUCGAAGCUAUGUCUUAGCUAGUAAGGAAGGUGAUAAGCAAUGUAAGUAUGUAGCUCGUGCAUCAUGUAUGCACAAUAGAUCAAUAGUUGUGGGCAGUUUGUUAAAAAGAUUUAACUUAGAUUGGUUAAAAAGAAAUUAUACAGCGUGCAGAGGAGUGCGAAAUAAAAAGAAAAUUUU